AUGGGUUUGACCCACACGCACGCUCGCCUCGCCACGGCACGCCCAACCGACCGAUCAGCUCGGCUCGACGGGCGCGUGCUAUUUUCUAAAAAAGUUGAACAAUUUGUUGGUGAUGAACAUUGUCGGUUAUAUUUCUUAAUUACACUUACGUUCUACAUAGCCAUUGCAGUUGUAAAAUACAUUGAAUUUAUUGAAGAGAUGGUUUCACUUGAUGAAGUUGAUAGUCAGAUAAAUUUGAAUAAAGUUGAUAGUGUUAAUGAUUGUACUGAGACUGGUGUAUCGAAUGUCCCAAUAAUAGGAAUGUUAUUUGACUCGGUUGAUGAGAUGUUUAAUUUUUACAAGGAUUAUGGUCAAGUCAAUGGGUUUUCAGUCAAAAGGAGGUCAAUAACGAAGGAUACGAAUGGUGAUUAUAGAUAUAUGAUAUUUACAUGUGGGAGACUUUCCGUUGAUGGGAAGUGGAAGAUUACAUUGUUUGAAGAUGUGCACAAUCACGAUCUAAGUCCUAAUCAUUCUAGAUUCUUCGUGUGUAACAGAGAAAUAAACCCGAGUGUGAAAAGGCAACUAGAGAUUAAUGACAUUGUUGGAAUUCGACCGAACAAGAGUUACAAUUCAUUUGUCAUUGGUGUCGAUGGGAAUGUAUUUUGGGCAGAUCUGUGCAGUAGGGCUGCCUAUCAUGAAUUUGGUGAUGUCGUUACGUUCGAUACGACAUACCUAACUAACAAGUAUGACAUGUCAUUUGCCCCUUUUGUUAGUGUCAAUCACCAUGGGCAUUCAAUACUUCUUGGUUGUGAUUUAAUCUCUAGUGAGGACACUGAAACCUUCGUUUGGUUAGUUAGAACUUGGUUAGCAUGCAUGAGUGGUGUUGCUCCUCAUGGUAUAAUCACUGACCAGGAUAGGGCAAUGAAGAAUGCGAUUGAAAAUGUCUUUCCAAACACAAGGUAUAGAUUAUGUUUAUGGCAUAUCAUAAAGAAUGUGCCUGAAAAACUUGGUUCACAUGGAGAAUAUGAAUCCAUCAAGCGAAUGUUGGCCGGAGCUGUUUAUCACUCUUAUAGCAUCAAUGAAUUUGAAAGUGAUUUUCUUUGUUAUUUACUCUCACUGUCAAUAUUUUAUUUUGCAUUUGUUGGAAUGUCAACAACUGGUCAGAGCGAGAGCAUGAAUGCUUUCUUUGACGGUUAUGUGAACUCAAAGACAACGUUAAAACAAUUUGUCGAGCAGCAUGGUAAUGCUUUGUGGAAGAAAAUUGAGAAGGAAAGCCAGACGGAUUUUGACUCACCCUACAAGCAGCUAGUGUGUGUUACAAAAUAUGAAUUGGAAAAGAAAAUACAGAAUACGGUGACUCACGGGAAGUUUGUUGAGUUUUAG